CUGGACCACAGGGACGAGACGCCAUGACCCCCAGCCUCACGGCCCUGCUCUGCCUCGGGCUGCGUGUGGGCCUGAGGACCCACGUGCAGGCAGGAACCCUCCCCAAACCCACCAUCUGGGCUGAGCCAGGCUCUGUGAUCCCCUCGGGGAGCCCCGUGACCAUCUGGUGUCAGGGGACCCUGGGGGCCCAGGAGUUCCGUCUGAAUAAAGAGGGAAGCUCAGCUCCCUGGGACAGACAGCCCCCACUGGAGCCCAGGGACAAGGGCAAGUUCUCCAUCCCACACAUGACACCGCCCUACGCAGGGAGAUAUCACUGUUACUAUCGCAACCCCACUGGCUGGUCAGAGCGCAGUGACCCCCUGGAGCUGGUGGUGACAGGGGUCCACAGCAAACCCACCCUCUCAGCCCUGCCGAGCCCUGUGGUGACCUCGGGAGGGAACGUGACCCUCCAGUGUAGCUCAUGGCAGGGAUUGGACGGGUUCAUUCUGACUAAGGAAGGAGAACACAAGUCCUCCUGGACCCUAGAUGCACAGCGACGCCCCUAUGGACAGACCCAGGCCCUGCUCCCCGUGGGUCCCGUGACCCCCAGCCACAGGUGGACGUUCAGAUGCCACGGCUUUAACAGGGACACCCCCCACGUGUGGUCAGCACCCAGUGACCCCCUGGAGCUCCUGGUCCCAGGUGUGUCUGGGAAGCCCUCCCUCCUGACCCCGCAGGGCCCUGUCGUGGCCUCUGGACAGAACCUGACCCUCCAGUGUCGCUCUGACGUCGGCUACGACAGAUUCGCUCUGUCCCAGGAGGGGGGACAGGCCCUCCCCCAGCGCCCUGGCCGGCAGCCCCAGGCUGGGCUCUCGCAGGCCGACUUCCCCCUGGGCCCGGUGACCAGCAGCCACGGGGGCCGGUACAGAUGCUACGGUGGGCACAACCUCUCCUCCGAGUGGUCGGCCCCCAGUGACCCCCUGGACGUCCUGGUGGCAGGAUGGUUGCCUGACACGCCCUCCCUCUCGGUGCAGCCGGGCCCCGUGGUGACCUCAGGAGAGAACGUGACCCUGCUGUGUCAGUCAGGGAGCACAAAGGAAACUUUCCUUCUGUCCAAGGAGGGGUCAGCCCGUCCCCCACUGCGUCUUAGAUCAAAGUACCAAGGUCGGCAUUUCCAGGCCGAAUUCUCCAUGAGUCCUGUGACCUCAGCCCACAGUGGGACCUACAGGUGCUACAGCUCACUCAGCAGUAACCGCUACCUGCUGUCACACGCCAGUGCCCCCCUGGAGCUCGCGGUCUCAGGAGCAGCUGACGCCAUCCACCCAUCACAAAACACGUCAGAUCCCACGAGAGCCUCACACCCCCAAGACUACACAGUGGAGAAUCUCAUCCGGAUGGGCGUGGCUGGCUUGAUCCUGCUGGGCCUCGGGAUUCUGCUCUUUCAGGCUCCACACGGCCACAGAGGAACCCAAGAUGCAGCCAGGAGCUGA